UUGUUUUUCACCGUUUCUUCUUUCAUUCCUCUGUAACGGGGGAAACAGAGGAAGAUAAAAAGAGAGAGAGUAAAUUAACCCGAAAGGCAAAGGGAAAAGGGGAGGAUGGAGCAUGGAAUCUGCACAACUUGGGUUUUCUCUUUCCUCUGAGUGAGUGUGCAAUGAGAAACCCAAAUCUCCUUCAUCGAGUUUUCAGCUAGUAAUAAUAAUGGCGGGUUCGGCAGCUCUGGCACCAGAGCCAAACGCAGAGGUAUUUUCGUGGCUAAAAUCUCUUCCUCUCGCUCCAGAGUACCGACCUAGCUUGGCUGAGUUCCAAGAUCCGAUUUCAUACAUUUUUAAGAUCGAGAAGGAAGCUUCCAAGUAUGGAAUCUGCAAAAUUGUUCCCCCCGUGCCGCCUUCUUCCAAAAAGACAGCAAUUGCGAAUUUUAAUCGCUCGCUGGCGGCACGAGCUGCUUCUUCUGACUCUUCCAAUUCGAAGUCUCAGCCUACAUUCACCACAAGGCAGCAGCAGAUCGGGUUCUGCCCUCGGAAGCAACGGCCCGUGCAGCGUCCUGUGUGGCAGAGUGGGGAAUACUACACGUUUCAGGAAUUUGAAGCUAAGGCCAAGGCUUUUGAGAAGAAUUAUCUGAAGAAAUGGGCUAAGAAAGGUGGGCUCUCGCCCCUGGAGAUAGAAACACUUUACUGGAAGGCGACAGUAGACAAACCCUUUUCGGUGGAGUACGCAAAUGAUAUGCCUGGUUCGGCUUUUGUUCCCGUGAAUGGGAGAAAAUAUAGAGAGGCAGGGGAGGGAUUGACUCUUGCUGAGACUGCAUGGAACAUGAGGGGGGUGUCGCGGACAAAUGGCUCUCUGUUGAAGUUUAUGAAGGAGGAGAUUCCAGGUGUUACAUCACCGAUGGUGUACGUAGCUAUGCUGUUCAGCUGGUUUGCUUGGCAUGUAGAGGAUCAUGACCUGCAUAGCUUGAAUUACCUUCAUAUGGGGGCAGGCAAGACUUGGUAUGGCGUGCCGCGGGAUGCAGCUGUUGCAUUUGAGGAAGUGGUCAGAGUACAUGGGUAUGGAGGAGAAAUAAAUCCUCUUGUUACUUUUGCUGUACUUGGUGAGAAAACGACAGUGAUGUCACCAGAAGUAUUUCUUAGUGCAGGGGUUCCAUGUUGCAGGUUAGUGCAAAAUGCUGGAGAAUUUGUUGUCACAUUUCCAAGAGCCUAUCACACGGGAUUUAGUCAUGGAUUUAAUUGCGGGGAGGCUGCCAAUAUUGCAACACCUGAAUGGUUGAGGGUUGCUAAAGAUGCUGCUAUUAGGAGGGCUUCAAUAAAUUAUCCGCCCAUGGUUUCACAUUUCCAGUUACUUUAUGAUCUUGCCUUGGCCUUGUGUUCAAGAAUUCCUGGGGGCAUCAGUUCUGAACCACGGAGUUCUCGGCUUAGAGAUAAGAGGAAAAGUGAAGGGGAAAUUGUAAUUAAAGAACUAUUUGUCCAAGAUGUGUUACAGAACAAUGACUUGCUUCAUGGUCUUGGUAAAGGAUCUUCUAUAGUACUGCUUCCACGGAGCUCUUCAGAUAUUUCUGUUUGCUCAAAAUUACGUGUUGGUUCCCAGCAAUUUAAGGUGAACCCUGGGUAUUCUCCUGGUGCAUGUAAUUCUGAGGGAGUGAAUUCCUCAAAAGGUUUUGUUUCUGAAGACCUGGUUUUCAGCAGAACCACACAAAUGAAAGGAUUUUAUUCAGUAAAAGAGAAGUUUGCUUCUUUGUGUGAGAGGAACAGACUGUCCUCGUUAAGUGCAAAUGAUAACAUAUGCUCUUCAAGUUCUGUGCCACUUCAAAGAGACACUGAAAGAGAGACAAGCCAAGGGGAUGGGUUGUCAGACCAGAGACUAUUUUCAUGUGUCACUUGUGGCAUAUUAAGCUUUGCUUGUGUUGCUAUUGUGCAGCCUAGGGAACCAGCGGCUAGAUACCUUAUGUCAGCUGAUUGUAGCUUCUUUAAUGAUUGGGUUGUUGGUUCUGGAGUAAGCUUCAAUAAGUUUACUCAUGUUCAGGGAGAUGCAACUACUGAAAAAAACAUCUUUGCAGGAUGGAAGGUUGAAAAAGCCCCAGACUAUGAUAUUCCUGUUCAAUCUGUAGGAUAUCAGAUACAGGCGGAAGAUCAAUCACAUGAGGAAGCUUUAUGUACUAAGGGACGAAAGGAAACAUCAGCCCUUGGGUUAUUGGCAUCAGCAUAUGGAAAUUCAUCUGAUUCAGAGGAAGAUCAUGUUGACUCAGAUAUUGCCGUUCAUCAUAAUGAAUCUAAUAUUAUGAACUGUCCAUCAGGGAGUGUAUCUCAGAAUAUGUCUUGCUUGCCUUCUCAUUUCGAAGACUGCAAGGCAAGUGCAGUCAGGGUUCAUGAUGAUCAUGGGCAAAAAGCAAACUCAGAAGGUCGUGGUACCACUUCAGGGACUGCAUUUAAGAAUACGAGUUGUACCUUAAAUUAUUCUCAAGAUGUUUGUGAGGCUGAAACAUCAAUGCUUCGUAACACUGGAUGUCCCGUUGAUAAUAGAAGUGGUUCAUUGUUGCCACAUUCUGAUGAAGAUUCAUCUAGAUUGCAUGUCUUCUGUCUAGAGCAUGCUGCUGAAGUGGAGCAGCAACUUCACCCAAUAGGAGGAGCAGACAUUUUACUCCUUUGUCAUCCAGAUUAUCCCAAGGUGGAGGCUGAAGCGAAAAUUGUGGCCGAAGAACUUGGUAUUGAUGGCAUAUGGAAGAAUCUUGCUUACAGAAAUGCCACCCCUGAAGAUGAGGAAAGGAUCCAGUCGGCUCUGGAUAGUGAGGAAGCUAUUCCUGGAAAUGGAGACUGGGCUGUCAAGCUGGGAAUCAAUCUCUUCUACAGUGCCAAUCUUAGCCGCUCUCCUCUCUACAGUAAGCAGAUGCCUUAUAAUUCUGUCAUAUAUUAUGCAUUUGGCCGUAGUUCUCUGGCAGGCUCGCCCACAGAACCCAAGGUUUACCAAAGAAGGGCCAGCAAGCAGAAAAAGGUGGUUGCUGGAAAAUGGUGUGGUAAAGUUUGGAUGUCCAAUCAGGUCCACCCCCUUUUAGCUAAAAGAGAUUCUGAGGAUGAUGAUGAGAAGAUCUUGCAUGGGUGGUCAUUGCCUGACACGAAAAUUGAGAGAUCAGAAAGUACCCACACAGACAAUUUUACUACUAGAAAAUCUGCUAAGAAAAGGAAAAUGACUGUAGAGAGUAGAAAAGCCAGGAAAGCCAGUUUCACUGGGAGAGAAUAUGUUUCAGACAAUUCUAUUGAAGAGAAAUACAACCCACAGCAGAAGACAUAUUCUAGAAGCAAACAAGCCAAAUAUUUUGAGAGAGAUGAUGCAGCAUCAGAAGAGGAUUAUUCUCCUUUGCAGCAGUACGGAAAACCUACAAGAAAGCAAGCCAAAUACAUCGACAGUGAUGAAGUUUCAGAUGAUUCAAUGGAUGAUAAUUCUCAUAUGCAGCAUGGAAGGAAUUUCAAAGUCAGAGAAACUAAAUUUAGUGACAGUGAUGUUGCCUCAGAUGAUACAAUGGGAUAUGAUUCUGAUUCACAGCUUAGGAGAGGGCUUAGCAAGAAACAAAUUGAAGACUCAGAAAGAGAUGGAAUUUCAGAGGAUUCAAUGGGUGGUAGUUCUCUUAAGCGGCAGAGGAAGAAUCGUAAAAGCAAGCCAGCCAAAUAUGUUGCUAAAGAUGUAAUUUCUGAUGACCAAAUGGAGGACCAUUUUCAGAAGCAGCAAAGAAGGAUUCCUAAAAGCAGACAAGCGAAAUACCUUGAUGGAGAAGAUAUCAUGGUAUCUGAUGACGAACUGGAGCAUCACAUACAUAAGCAGCAACGAUCUAAAGGCAGGCGAACCAAAUACCUUGCUGGCGAGGACAUUACAUCUGAUGACCUACUGGAGGACCAUUCUGGCAAGUGUCAUAGAAGGUUUCCUAAAAGCAGACAAGGUAAAUGCCUAGUUCAGGAAGAUGUAGUGUCUGAUGAUCAAUUGGACGAUCACUUUCAGAAGCCACGUGGGACUAUUCCAAAGAGCAGGCACAAUAAACGCAAAAAUAGAGUUACUGUUGACUCAUCUGAUAACUAUUCUCGUUUGAUGCAUAGAACUCCUAAGAGGAAAGUGAAAAGCAUGGGUGAAGAAGAUAUCAAUUCCGAUGAUCAAAUGGAGGAUUCAUCUCAUCAGCAGCGAAGGAGGAUUCUUCGAAGCCAGCAAUCUAAAUUAGAGACACAGCAAGAAUCGAAACAAUCUAACUCUUGCCGUGUGAAAGAACAUGCAUCCCGGCCUCGAAAACGAGGUGCUCAGCUGCUUGUAAAACCGAAGACUUCUCAGAAAAUGAAGCAGCCACCUCGAGUGCAGAGAAAUCAACCUAAUAACUUUAGAGAUUUUAACCUAUGUUCGGAAGAGGAGGAAGAAGGUGGACCUAGCACACGCCUUAGGAAGAGAGUACCAAAAGUUGAGGAGCCUGAAGCAAAACCCAAAGAAAAGGUAACCCAAAGGAAGAAGGUGAACAAUGCUACAGCUUUGAAGGUUUCCAAAACGAAGGAUGAGGAAGCAGAAUAUGAGUGUGAUAUUGAUGGUUGCACUAUGAGCUUUGGCUCAAAACAGGAGCUAUUAGUUCACAAGAGGAACAUUUGUCCUGUAAAGGGAUGUGGAAAGAAAUUUUUCUCACAUAAAUAUCUGGUACAGCAUCGUCGGGUUCACGAGGAUGACCGCCCUCUGAGGUGCCCUUGGAAGGGCUGCAAGAUGACCUUCAAGUGGGCAUGGGCACGUACUGAACAUAUUCGAGUGCAUACAGGGGCUCGUCCAUACGUUUGCGCUGAGCCGGGGUGUGGGCAAACAUUCAGAUUUGUUUCUGAUUUCAGUCGCCACAAGCGAAAGACCGGUCAUUCAGCAAAGAAGAGCCGUUAAUAGCAAAUGGAGUAGAUGUUACUUUAACAUGGAUUAUGAAUUUACGAGUCCAAAUUGUUCAAUUGACAGGGUUAGGACUAGGUUUAGAAUUAGAAUAUCCCUGCAAUUCCAUUUGUAGUAAUUACUAAUUGUGUUUGCUCUGUGUAUUGUACCCAUUUGUUUAUUUCAAGUAGAGCAAUUGCCAGGAUCUGGAAACAUGAUUCUCAUCUAAA